AUGGCAGUCAAACUCAAACUGAGCUCUUGCUUCGGGUCCGUCACUGUUUCCUGUUUCCUCCGGCCGCUGCAGACUAAACAGCUUCCUCAGGCGAUGAUGGCUCAGGCUCCUCUCAGGAUGGACCCAGACCAGUUCAGCUGCUCCAUCUGUCUCAUGCUCCUCAAGGAUCCAGUCACUAUCCCGUGUGGCCACAGCUACUGCAUGAGCUGCCUGACACAGUACUGGGACCGCCAGCGUGUGUGCAGCUGUCCACAGUGUAGAGCCACCUUCAGUCCCAGACCCACUCUGGGCAGGAACACUCUGCUGGUGGAGAUGUUGCAGACACUCAAGCUGAGUUUGGUUCCCUCAGCUCCACCUCUGUACGAGGACCAUGGCUUUGACCACGCUACAUUUGAUGUGUCUUCAGUUCGCCCUGAGAGGACUGACGGUCAGAGGCUUUUGGAGAACACGCGCAGACAUCUAGCAGAGCAAAUCAAAGAAAGUGACCAGGAGCUUCAGCAGCUGAACGUCUGUCCAAUGAAGGACAGUAGCCGGAUCUUCGUGGAGCUGCUGGAGUUCUUGGAGCGCCGUCGCGUUGAGGUGAAGGAACUGAUCCGAGUUCAGGAAAAGGCGGAAGUGGCUCGAGCCGAGAACCAACUGCAGCGCCUGGAGCAGCAUGUCUCAGAGCUGAGGAGGAGAGACAGCGAGCUGGAGCGACUGCACCAGAGUCAGGACCAGCACCUGAUUACACAGAUGUGUCAGUCUUACCGCAGUCCAGCCUCUGCAGGAGCCCCCGGAUCUCUGACAGUCAGCCCGCACGUCUCCUUCGGGCCUGUGAGGAGGGCAGUGUCAGACCUGAAACAGCAGCUGCAAACUCUGUACCACAGAGAAUUCCCAACUAUCACCUCUGUAGUGAAAUCUGUCAACAUCCUGCAGAUAAAAAAGGCCAACAUGGCUAUCCCUGCAGACAUGCCGGAUUUGGACAGCAGAAGUAGUCUCCUUCAGAACUUUGUUUCUCUCUCUUUGGACCCGUUUACAGCACACAGGGAGCUCUCUCUCACUGACGGGAACCGUGCGGUGAGUCGAACCGGACAACUACACUCUUACCCGGACCAUCCUGAUCGGUUCGACUCAUGGGGCCAGGUGCUGUGUCGCGAAGGACUCGAGGGCCGCAGCUACUGGGAGGCCGAGUGGACUGGACAACAAGUGGGACUGGGGCUCACUUACGAGAGCAUCGGUAGAAAGGGAUCAUCCAAUGAUUGCAGGCUGGGACACAACUCCCUCUCAUGGGGUCUUAGCUGCAGCGCCUCCUCUUUCACCUUCUGUCAUGGAAAUGAAUCCCAGGCACUGGCGACACCCUCCAGCUCUGUGUCAAACCGGAUCGGAGUGUUUGUGGACUUUGAAGCAGGAAUGAUCCUCUUCUACAUGGCGACACCCAGAGGAGUCCACCUCCUGCACAGCCUGAAAACCCACCUCACCCAGCCCCUAUAUCCUGCGGUGUGGCUCGGAGCCAAUUCUACCGUCACCUUCUGUGCCGUGGACUGAUGGAGCACACAUCUAGAUGCUGUCAAGAGUCUACACUACAUUGCAUUUCAAACAGCCGUUAUUGUAGUAGUAUGUAGUUAUAAUAAUAGCUUGCAUCACAGAUUAAAUUUAAGUGAAGCUAAUGGAAAUUAGUUUAAAUAAUGCAAGCUUCUUCACACAAAAUGUUAAACGUACUUGUGCCUUUAAAUGAUUUCAACCUUGAAAUUUUAUUUUAUUGUUUAGUUUAACAAAAUGUGGGCUGAUCUCAGCAACUAUUCCAAUAUACUGUGUGUAGCUCCUUUCACAGAUAAAGUUCCCCUCGUGCUUCACUUAAGUGUAUUAUUACCCGCUCAGGCAGCUACUACCAUAUAACCAUAUAACACUUCUACCUCUCACAGCUAAGCUGUAGGUCUGUAAUCAUAUGUAGUAUUUGGAGAGCCAUGUUACAGGAACCACAGAAAACCUGCUUGGUGAGAAAAUCAUUUCCUGAUCCUGGCAGAGCUGCGCUUGAGCAACCUGGAGUAAGACAAUCUAGAGACAGAGUAGCUUUAGUGCUCAAGGUGUUUUUAAUCAUUAACCAUUGACAGAAAUCAGCAGAGAAAUGAGGUGUGACAAAAGACAGAAAACAAAACGACACCAUGGAAUCAGAUCUUGUUGAAAGCUGCUACGUCAACACUCUGGACCUGAAACAGAGGAAAAGUGAGACGUAAAUGUAACUUUGGUUUUAAAAGUCAUUUUUAGUGUGAAGCAGAAUCACUGCCAUGUGCACUCUGACUGCAUCCUUUUGUUUACCGUAACAGUUUCGACUGCAAUCUUCCUGACAGUGCAACCUCCUGGUAGCUGGAAGACAUUCUUGCUGCCAUGAGGCUGCUGUUAUUGUAAGAGUCUGGCAACAUUACCAAGGGCGUGGGUGUGGUUACAAGACUGGCGGGGACACUGCCACUGUGUUGUCAGAACAGCACAUAUCAGCUAUGUUUCUGCUCGGCUCUGAAUAUGCUCGCCAUCGCUAUCCUCUCACAGCAUUCGCGCACGCAUACAUGUCGUACAUGUCCCCACCAAAUGCUGUGAGAGGAGAGCGAUAGCGAGUGAGUGAGCGUAUUUUUUCGAGCGUCAUUGAAUGCAUCACAGCCAAGCAGAAACAUAACUGCGAGUCACAGGACACAAGAGAUAUGUGGACACAGCAGCACAGUGUCCUCACCAGUCUUGAAACCCAACCUACACCCUUGGUAAUGUUGCCAGACUCUUACAAUAACAAUCCGAGCUAACCUGAAUUUAGUUUACAUGCCUGUUAAUUUGCUGACUGCCUUUAUUAUAAGCCAUAACAAUAAAAAAAGGUUUGCAAUCAACUGAUACACAUAA